UCAAAAAUACUUUACUCGGUUUUUAAACUUUAUCCUUCGGUCAAAAAGAUGAAGUAAACGAAAAUAAAAAUAAUUUUUAUGAAAAUUUAAAAAUUACAAAAAUUUAAAUUAUUAUCUUCUCAGCAAUGGAUAAAUUACCGACUGCUAUUACGGGGGAUGAUAAUUACUCCAUGCCGCUAAAUUUUAUAAAAGUAAAGUUUGACUUAUUGAUUAUCAAGGACGCAAGCGCAAAGUAAUUGUCACGUGUUGACAUGUUAUCGCAGUAUGGAAGUGAACAGGAACAUACGUCUGUAGAAUUUUUACAAACGAUAAAAGUGUAUGAGAGGUGAAAAAAAGUAGACAAUUUUACGUUGUAGGUAAAAGGAAUCAAUUAUAUUGUCAUCUUAUCGCAAUGCUGAUAAUGUCUAAUGACGGGACUGUGCUUGUGUGAGUGUAAACCUGCUGCAUUGCAGCAGCUGCUACUGAAUAACCGCAUAGAAAAUGGUGGACAUAACGACUGCUUUACCAUCGACUGAUGCAGGCACGUUUAUGGGCCGUACCAAAGGUGCAUUAAGAUCAAUGAGAUCAGUUUUAGGUGAAGGUGGAGAGUACCUUCAAGGAUUAGGAAAUAAAAUUGGAUCCGCUCUUAGUAAUAGUUUAGAAGAAAGUGAUGUUAAUACAACUCCGGAGUCUUCCUGUUCGCCACAAGCUUUAGCUAAAGAAGAAGAAUUGGGUCGAAGAAAAUUGAGACUUGCAAAAUUCGGAGCUGGUAUUUCUUACGAAGAUUACGAGGCACUGUCUCGGCACAAAUUAGAACGUCAGAGUAGUGCAAAUACAAUCAGAACACAAAGGAAGUAUCCCCCGGGAAUGACUUAUGAGGAAAUAGCAUCUUCAAGAACGGCUUCAGUGAGAAAAGAGGAAGUGGUAAAAAAGGACGAUCAAACACGAAGCUCUGAUAGGGAUAGUCCUGAAAGUAUAGAACCCAUUCAAGAGAAGGAUAUUAAGGCAACAGGUCCAGAUCCUUAUGAGAAAUUAAAUUAUAAAACCGCAAGGGCUCCCACUCGCUAUCAGACGGUCGUUUUUCGUUUAGACAUGCCUUGCAGUAGUGGUUCUGCAAGCGAUCAAGACGGUUAUGGUCCAAGCACUAGUUUAGAUUCGAAUAUGGAUGGUCGAAAAUUAUGGCAGAGAUCAGGUUCUUCUGGUUCUCUUCAAUCUUGGGCUUCGAGUUUAUCGGCCGAUAGCCAAUCAGAAGAGGCAGCAGCGGAAUUUAUGAAAUUUUUCGUUACACUUUUGUUCGACGCUCCUGGAUCUAUUGAUCAGGAGCAAAAGGCGACUUUUGGACAAAUGGUGCAAACAGAAAAUGGAAGAAUAUGGUUUUCGAGAGUCGUUAACGCCAGAAGGGCCAGACCUUGUGUUACCGAAGAGUCUUUUUAUUCUCUCGCACAAAAUUUUGCUGUCGCACUUUUCGAAUGUCAUGAAGCUGACGAUUUUGCACCAGCCAAGAGUCUCAUGAAUAUGUGCUUCACUUUUUAUCACGAAGUUCAAGUGCCUGGUGUUGAGCCCUAUCGGGAGUAUUUAUACACAAAUUUAAGGGUCCAGCCAAUAUGGACGUCAAUGAGAUUUUGGACAGCGGCAUUUUUUGACGCUGUUCAAUGUGAACGGGCAGUACGUCCCGUACCUCGGAGACCAAAAUUUUUGGAUCAAGAAGCAGUUGCUGCCGAAGAUAGGAAAUUUCAAGCAAAUAUUGUCUUUGGACAAUUAGGAACAUUUACUUGCAACAUGCAUGCAUUUGGCCUUUCACGAAAUCUGUGCUUGGAAUUCUUGCGUAAACAAUGCGUCAUUGCAAAUCUUACAUCUGAUCAAGAAAAAAUGCUUCGAGACAAUAUUGAUAGGAUGUUUGACGAAACAGAGCCUUGGCGAUAGUUCGAUUUAGAAUUUUAAAAAAAUUUAAAAUUAUUACAAAAAUUUGGAGGAGAGGAAGAAAAAUUAAAGCGAUUUUUAUUGGUAUAGAUAAAUUUCCAAGUUUCAUCCUUUUUGGAGAGAGAGAGAAAAUCGAUGAUCUUCGAAAGACUGCAUAUCAAUCUACACGGUUGGCUACGAAUUUAAAAAAUUUAGAUAUAAAUUCUUUUAGGAAAAAAGAGAAUGGAAUUCAGAUAAAGGUCUCUUUUUUACUGUACGAACUUGAAUUAAGUUUAUUAAUUUUUAUUUAACGAAAAUUGAAAAUAACUAAAAAGAAAGAUAUUUUAUUUCUAGUUUUUUCUGAACCUUUAUUAAUAGAAAAAAAAAUUAGAUAGUUUUUCCAUUUUCAAUCUACAGAAAUGUUGUACAUCUAGGAAUCAUAAAACAAUUUCAGUAUUUCUAUAUUUUACUAAAAAAAAAGAAUUAAAUUAUUGAUAAAAGCGUCCAGUAAGGUUUAAGUUUUAUUUACAAUUAUAAUAGCUCAGAAUUAAAUUAUCAGGGGUGGCUAAUAUUUUAUUGAACAGCAAAAUAACUAUUAUUUCAUCCCUACCUUAACUAUAUAUUGAAAUAAUUAUUCUUCUCUUAUUCUAUAUUCCAGUUUUUUUUCUCUAAAGAUUAAUAAAUAUAUUUCUAUACCAAAUAAUAUAAAAAUAAAGACACGUAAGAAAGAAGGGCCAAAUGCAAUUUUAAUUAUAACCGAAGAACUAACAUAACAAUUUUUGAAAAAUAAAAAAAUUCGGAUGUUAAGUCAAUCUUCUUUUUGUAAAAUUGUUAUGAUAUUCUUUGGAUUUAGAAAGUAAGUUUCUCAACAGCGCUAUACGCCAGUUGUAACCCGAAAGAAUGAAUUACAAUAAUAAAAUUGGUUUUCAACUGGUGUAUAGCUCUUAAAAUCUCACAUUCUUCGAGCGUUCAAAAUAUUUGAUUUUCAAGAAAAGCCAAAAGAAAAGAUUUCGAUUUUUUUAAAAGCAAAUGUGUUCACUUUAAAUGUACUUAGGACUUCCAUUUGCAAUAAUUAAAAAGAAACAUUUACUGUUAAUUUCCUUUGAUAAGCUAUAAACAAUAAAUGACGUUAAUGAGAAAAAAUAAUGUUAAAUUUAUUUAUUUACCUACCUCGCUAUUUUCCUAAACUAAAAAUACAAUAUUAAUUAAACAAUGAAAAAUUGUAAAUAACUAGUAUUUAAUAAAGGAAAAAAGACAAAGCUUUGAUAGUUUCAAUUCAAGCGUCGUGAACUCUGCAGUCGAAGUGAGCAGCUCUGGUGAGAAGCCUUAGUUUAUAUACGUAUCCAGUUUGCAGUGUGGUGGGGAUGCACGUUCGUGAUUGGCGCUCGGCCGGAAAGCGGAAACAGCGUGCGCGGCGAAGUUGAGCAAUGCUGCUUCGCGCUGGGAGGGAGGGCCAAUCACAGGCGCGCAUCCCCACCGAGUCCCCACAACGAGAACUAUAUAAGGAAGACACUU